AUGAUAUUCUUGGUCAAUGGUUCGCAUCAAAUGUGGGUGCCGAUUCCGAUUCUCAACAAGGCGCUGUACACGUCCUCCAAGUACGUCUACGUGCAAACUGUCGACGUCGUCACGUUCAUCAUCACUGCGUGCCUCGUCCUCAGAGCCACGUACGUCAUCUGGAGCUCCAAAGUGUUUCACAUCAACCUGAGGCUCAUACUCAUCUUCCAAAUGCUUCAAUGGUUCGAAAUUCUCGUCUCCCGCAUCCUAAUGUUCGACUAUUUGGUCGGAAGAAGAUUCGUGGGCGACUACUCGAAAAUCUAUCACAGAUUCUGGACAGAUGACCCGUCGGAAAUGGUGCCGAUCCGUUCGGCGCUCGACGAAUGGACCCUGUUCCUCGGUGGAUUUUUGUAUACCCAUCACUACGCCUCAUGCUUAUUCUUCCUAUUCUCAGUGUCAGCUGAACGAGCAGUCGCCUCAUAUUUUUUGAGGUGAGAGAGUUGGGCGGGUUUGAAAGCCAUUUCAGAAGCAUAGUCAGCAGAGUUGAGCGGAAUUCCGUCUUCCGUCUUCCGUUUUCCGUGUUCCGUAAAAAAAAACGUCUUCCGUCUUCCGUUUUCCGUGCUCCGGAUUUCAAAAUUCCAUUUCCGCUCAACUCUGAUAGUUAGGAACCGCAACGAGUUUCGCAAAAUUCCGAAUUUCCAUAAAAUUUUUGAUGGAAUGGGUUCCCCUACUCUAUAUUAGUACGCAAGUUUGCCGCACGCAUUUUUUCUCAUUAUCGGGUGGACCAAACCAAAGAGUCAACAUUUUAAAUGAACAGAAAUGAUGUUCUAAAAAAACAAAACAACUUUUGAGGUCAAAAGUUUCGAACCCGACACCUCAAAAUAGACGAGCGAGCACUCUGCCACUGCGCCAACCGGGCAGAGGCGCGCGCACCGCCAAUCGCGUUGAAAAGCUCGGUGUGCGCGACCCCUCACAGUGGUGAAGUUAGUGCAUUUUCGCGCUGAAAUUCGAAACAUAUCUGACUAUAACUUUUUUCGGCGACUUGAAAAAUUAUCAUGUCGAGAAUUUCACGCAGAAUCCGAUUCCGAAAAAAUUAGCCGCGUGUACGGUACCUGUGACUCUCAAAUCCUCGAAAAACUAGAAUUUCGGCUGAAUAGGUUUUCACAAAAAUGCUCCUAGGGGGGUCUAGAGCUCUCAAUAGUCAACAUCUUGUUUCAGUGACUACGAAGCGUACACCCGACCGCACAUCUCGAUCCUCCUAAUAUGCGUAUCGAUGGCCUUCUCGAGCGGCUAUUCGCUCAUCUACGCGCUCAACUUUUUCACCUUCCUCGCCUCCUCCUUCCUGAUCGUUUUGAUUGCGGUGAGCUCGUGCAGUCUGUACGGUUACGUCUACUACUACAAUACUCGUGUCAUGCGAAUGGGAAUCGACGAGAAUCGGACGACGAGUGCCGUAGCACGCUCCUCAAAGUACACUCUGUCGCGAAGGUUUCAGACGAGAGAGAACUUGAAGUCGCUGUCUGUAAGUACACAAUAUCUUCAUGAUUAGUGAUAGAGUAACGCCUUUUUUUGCAGAUGGCAAAAUGGGCUGUGACAACGCACGCCGUCUACGUGGGCCUUUGUCAAAUGUGUCUAAUGUGUGUCUAUUUCGGACACGACUCGGACGACUGGGAGAAGUUUGUGUACGUCAUGGACGCCGUCGUUUGCUAGUCAGUUUUCCGUCGUCUUUUCCGUAUAAAACUAGUGCUUUCAGCAGCAACGCCUUCAUUGUCCUGUUUGUGAUCGUCUCGACGGACACGUGGACGCGCGCCUUCUUCCGUCCCUGCUUCUUGUUCCGACACAGCCCGAAUCGAGUGUCGACGUCGGAGUGCGACGAAUUGCGGGCGGUGCACGCCGAAAAGAUAUCCACCUCGUACUUUGAGCAGUUGGGAAAGGCGUGGAGUUGA